UUGAACUCACUCUCAAGAUGACUCUAAACUUGCAGACAUGGCCUGAGCCAAUCGUGAGAGUUCAAUCCUUAUCAGAGAGUGGCAUCUUCAAAAUCCCUGAAACUUACAUCAAACCCCCAUCUCAAAGGCCAUCUCUUAAUCAAUCUAAGCCCUCGAUCUCGCCGGAUUCAACUCAAAUCAACAUUCCAGUCAUCGAUAUCUCCGGAUUGUUCUCGGCUGAAGCCAGCCGCCAUGCAGACACUCUGGAUCUCAUCGGUUCAGCUUGUCGGGACUGGGGAUUCUUCCAAGCUGUUAACCAUGGCGUGCCGGUGGAGAUGCUUAGGCAUACUAGGGAGACUUGGCGUGAGUUUUUUCACCUGAGAAUGGAAGAAAAACAGGUAUAUGCUAAUUCUCCUGUGACUUAUGAGGGAUAUGGAAGCAGGCUUGGAAUUGAAAAAGGGGCCAAAUUGGAUUGGGGUGAUUAUUUUUUUCUUAAUUGUUUCCCUGAAAGUGUUAGGGACAUGGAAAAAUGGCCUCGAGAUCCUGUUUUCUGCAAUAGAAAGGAAUUGACUGCUGAAUAUAGUCAAGAAAUGGUUAAAUUAGGGGGGAGAUUAAUGAGGGCUUUGUCAUUAAUCCUUGGGUUAAGAGAAAACCAUUUGCAAGAUGCCUUUGGUGGAGAAGAUUUCACUGCUUGCUUAAGGGCUAAUUUUUAUCCAAAGUGUCCUCAACCAGACCUAACUCUCGGACUCUCCUCUCAUUCUGAUCCAGGCGGAAUGACUUUUCUUUAUCCCGAUGAAAAUGUCCCUGGCCUUCAAGUUCGUCAAGGUGAAAUGUGGGUCACCGUAGAAACUGUCCCAAACGCAAUUAUUGUCAACAUUGGGGAUCAGAUUCAGGUGCUAAGCAAUGGGAAAAUGAAGAGUGUGGAUCAUAGGGUGAUGGUGAAUUCGGAAAAGGAAAGGGUUUCUAUGGCUUACUUUUACAAUCCAAAGGGUGAUAUCUUUAUUGAACCGAUCAAGGAAUUUCUGGCUAAGGAGAAGCUGAAGCCUCUUUACCCAAGAAUGACAUAUAAUGAGUAUAGGCUAUUCAUUAGGAUGAAUGGACCUCGUGGAAAGUCUCAAGUUGAAUCACAUAAGUCACCCAAUUAAUCACUUUUCAAUAAUUAAUUAUCUAUGUUAUAUAUGUUAUUAUAUGUUUCCUAAU